UUACUAUUUAAUGUCAAGGGUGGAGCUUUUCAAACUUAUAGAUAAAUACAAACUUAAAAGUUAAUGGGAAGCUUCCUUAUGUGAUCAGUACUCCACUAGACACAGUCCCUACUUCCUCCUCUUCCAUCGACACCCACGUCUGCCAGAGGUCAUGAAUGCCUGUCCCAUGGGAGAUGAUUUUGAAGUUGCUGACCCAGAAGAUGACAUCGACACCAGAGUCAAUAAGAUGAAACUUCUCAAUGAAACGGUUCUUCACAACAUAGAGAAAGCACAGAGCAUGCAACAGAAGUCAUUCCAAAAUCGCAAGCGCAAGUUUGUGCGAGUAUGUUCAGUUCAGGCCGGUGAUGAUGUUCUGCUCUCACGGGACCCCAAGAAACGACGGACAGGAGACACAUUUACAAGUCAGCACCAAGGACCAUAUACUGUGGCCAGCAUCUCUUCCAAAGGGGUGGCCACUAUCGUCAAAGGGUCAGCUUGUCAGAGGGUCAAUGUGUCAAGACUGAGGACAUACUACAGAUUGAAAAAUGGACCAACUGAGAGGAUGUUUCUCCAGGACCACUGCUACUCAACAUCCAAAUGGCAGGUAGAGCAUCCAUAUGCUUGUUCAGGUGCAAGGUGGGAGAAGGACUUGGACCCUAUUCAAGAUGAACUGUUAAAGUAUGUGUUGGACAAAAAUCGGCCAUCAGAAGAACUGAUCAUAAAGCAAGGCCAAAUUUGCCUCACACGAGAAGACUUCUGGGGCCUGGGUUUAAGCCAGUGCAUGGAAUCUAAUAUCGGAAAUGCCUGCCUCAAGAUUGUGGAAGAAGCUACACGAAGACAUGGAAAAAAUGUUCACAUUGUGGACCUCUAUGCUGUUCCCACCUGGAAAGACAAAAAUGUGGACCCAGUGCAUUGUUUGCCUGUAAAUUGUUGUUUUUUUUGCUAUCAUGUACUUAUCAACCGAGAAAGAGUUCUAUUGGGAAUAGGCACAAAAGUAUAUGUUAUUUUUGUGCAUGCAUAUUAUUUUGUCACAAUACUAUUAGGGAAACGUGAGGUCCAAGGAUAUCAUACUAUUUCCAGCUUGGAGCAGGCAGGCGGAUGAAGCUGAUCACUAUCUGCUCUGUGUUAAGUUUCUGUUAAUCUUUCUAGUUGUAAUAUUUCCAAAUUCAACAGGUAGGGUUAGUGAGUUCGAUUUUCGUGGAUAUUAACAAAAUACCAUUGAU